AUGAAGUCCUGGUGUGUUCUUGCUUUUCUGUGGUUGUCAUGUUUCUGCCACAGAGCUCUUUCCUGCCCAGCUCUCUGCACCUGUUAUCCCAGAAGAAAUGAGGUGGUCUGUAAUGAGGUUCCCCUGACAGAGUUCCCCUCUGACGGUCUCCCGGAGAACACCACCCUGCUGACUAUCCAAUUCACAAACAUCACCUCCAUAUCUGAGGUCCAUCUAAAGGCCAUACCGAAGUUGCAAGGGCUCCAUCUGUACAACAAUCACCUGCACAGCCUUCCCUCUCAUCUCCUCAGGGGUGUUCCUCACCUCAAUACUUUGGAUCUCACCGGAAACAGGUUAAGCAAUCUGCCUGCAGAUGUCUUCAGCCACGCCCCACUACAGAGCUUGGUGCUGAAGAAUAACCUUAUUAGAAAAGCUGAUGCAGAGUGGCUUUCUUAUAACAGUAGCCUGACCUGGUUGGAUUUAUCUGGAAAUGAAUUAACAGAGAUCCCAACUAAUCUGCUUCUGAAGCUGCCCCACCUGGAGAACCUUGACCUCUCAAACAACCGUCUGGAUAAGAUACCAGCAAAUUCUCUGAGUCAACUGAGCAAACUUGAGAGGCUAAGCCUGCAGAACAACAAGCUCGACACGCUGAAUGGAUCAGCAUUUCAGAGCCUGCAUAGCCUCACACAUCUCUUCCUCACUCAGAAUAAACUCAACAAGCUGGCCAAAAACCUGUUCCGGGGACUCACUCAGCUCAGACACCUGAGUCUGGAUGAAAACCAGCUGAGCCAUAUUCCUCCAGGUUUGCUGGAUGAACUUCACUUGCUGGAAGAGGAUGGCCUUGACUUGACAGUCAACCCUUGGCUCUGUGACGGGAAGGCGGAGUAUCUAUGGAGGUGGCUUCACAAGAACAAGAAGAAGGCUUUCUUGCCAGACUCCAUCACAUGCACUGGACCUCAGCCUCUAGCAGGUCGCUCAAUAAUCUCACUAACAGCAAAUGAACUAAACCUUCAGUCUUAA